GCGUAUCCCUCCAGCUCGCGUGCUGCCACAUUCCACUCGCGUUCCCUCCUGCCUUCUAGAACUGCCACCACCGCUGCGCCGCCGCUCCUAUCCACACCUCUCGGCCCCCAGCCCUGCGCGCCGUACCCCCGGGCCGACACGUGUACCGCACCCCGGACCCACAUCGAUGGCGUCGCAGUCAACAACUGACACUAUGGUCCCACUCCCGUGACGCGGCCCACUGGCCAGCGGCACGGAGAGCGCCCCUUAUCUUCCUCCCCGUCCGUCCCAGCGCCCAUUCACCCCGCCCGCCACCGCCCUCUCUGUUCGCGCCGCCACCGCCUCACGCCGUGAAAGAAAUAGAAAAAAUCAGGGGAGCGCAGCCAAUCAACCGGGGCCGCAAAAAGUCUCGGAAGCCGCGGGAGUAAGCAAGGGGAGAUCGCUCAUGGAGGACACGGGCCAGGGUCCCCCCCAGAACCUUCCGGAGGUUCCUCCACCCAGUGAGGUCGAGGUGGAGGAUCACGAAGACGACGACGGGUUCAGCUUCCCCGCCCCGCCGCUCCCCGCCGACGCGUGCAUCGUGCCGGUGUACCCGAUCUUCGGCCGGCCGCCGUCCCCGCCCCCGGCGGCGCCGGGGGAGGCGCCGGCGGGGGAACACGAGCCGGCGACGGCCACCGUGCGGGUGCCGCUUGGCCGGCUCCUGCUGGAGGAGCGGGAGUUCCGCGCGCGGCAGCAGGACGUCGGCGGGCGGUCGGAGAGCGCGCGGGCGUGGCGGGAACAGGACGACGAAGACGAUGACGACGACGGCGACGGCGGGGCCUCAGCCGCCGCGGACGAGGAGCUGGAGGGCGUGCCGCCGGAGAGCUACUGCCUGUGGGCGCCAGGCGGGCAGGCGUCGGCGCCGGCGUCCCCGCGGCGGUGCCGGAAGAGCGGCUCCACGGGGUCCGUCCUCCGCUGGCGCCGCAUCAGCGACCGCCUCGUCGGCCGGAGCCACAGCGACGGCAAGGAGAAGUUCGUGUUCCUGACCGCCGCCGCCGCCGAUCCGGAGCCGACGCCGCCACCGCCUCCUGGUACCAAGGAAGAGGAGGAAGGCGGCGGCGGCAGCAACAGAGUCCGCGAUGGCGGCGGCGGCGCGGCCCAUCAGUUGAGAUAUCACGGCAGAGGGGGCGGCGGCGGCGGCAGCCGGAGGCGCUCGUAUCUGCCGUACAGGCAAGAGCUUGUCGGGCUGUUCGCCAACGUCAGCGGGCUGCGCCGAAGCUAUCACCCGUUCUAAUCAAGCCGUCCGUACGACGGACCUACCUUGCUUGCUUGCUUUCUGUGCAUACUGGCUACUACUCCUAUACUGGUUUUACAGUUUAUACAGAAGAAGUAAAUCGUCGUGUUCUCUCUAAAUUAUUGGCUUGGGUAAAUAGGAUUAGCAGUACAGAAAUAGCACGACCUCAAGAAUGGGGUUUGCAUUGGCAUGUCAAAAAGGGCAAAAGAAGGUAAUGGUUGAGUACUAUGUACUGAUACUUGUUUGUUCUUUUUGCACGCUUCAUGCACAGCCGGUGUCAUUCUGGUUUGUUUAUUCGUUUUCAUAAUCUGGCUCGUGUUUCUCUGCA